GGGAGCUGUGGGUGCUGAGAAACCUGUGUCCAGGGAGGGAGCUGAGCUGGUGCCCACGAGGGCCAGGAGAAGGCCAGAGCCCUGGCGGCCACACCGGGGACGACUGAGCAAGCCCACUUACUGCUGCCACACGCCUGGUGCUGCGACCUGACCCCGUCCUUCCCCUCCCCUCGCCCAUCGCAGGCCUGAGGCGGGGCGAUGCUGCAGACGAUGACCUUCCAGGGCCUGCCUGGCCAGCAGCGGGUGCCAGGGGCCCUUGACUUCCCUGGAAGCCCCCUGAAGUUUCGCUCCGCGUCAGAGGCGGAGUCAGAGGCCUCCAUGUCCGAGGCCUCCUCUGAGGACCCUGUGCCACUCCCGGAGGCUGAGGUGGCCCAGGAUGAGGAGGAGGCUUCAAAGAAGAAGAAGAAGCCAAAAGGCCUGGCCGGCAUGUUCAGCAUCUUCACCAAAGGGAAGAAGAAGAAGGGCCAGUCCGGCGCCGCGGAGCGCGAGGGCAAGCCUGAAGCCAAGCCUGAAGCCAAGCCGGGGAGGGGGGGCAGCACACAGGUAGGCUGGGGCCGCGUGGGUGAGGGUCCCGGGUCAGAGCUGGCGGGGGCCUGGCUCACUCGUCCAGGACCGAGAGGGCAGAAUGGUGGGCUCGCCCGACUCUCCCUCCUGCUUCCACCUGCACCGCUGCCUAAUUUUCGGGUCUGGGAGGAGGCGAACCAGGCUUCAGUCCUGUCUGGGACGCCGACUGGCUCUCCGGGCGCAUCACUUCGUGAUGGGGGCCUCCCAGGAAGCUCGGAGAGCAGGUCCAGGCUGGGCCACGGAAAGAUCCCCAGGAUCCAUCAUCUGAGGUGGAGAGGCAGGGAGGGGGGUAGGCUCUCACCUCAGGAUGGUGCUGGGUGGGGCCGUCUGCCUCACGCCAGCCCCUCUGCCCACAGCGACAUCAUCAAUAGCGCCAGCCUGGCAGGUGAGCUGCAGGGGAUCAACCUGGGGAGCCUCCUGCCCCCCAAGCAGGUCCGGCUGCUGGAGGCCACAUUCCUGUCCAACGAGGUGGCCAGCGUGAAGGAGCUGAUGGCCCGAGCCCUGGACCUGGAGUCACAGCGCUGGGCCCAGGAUGUGGCCCCCCAGCGGCUAAACGGCCACUGUCACAGCGAGCUGGCCAUUGACAUCUUCAGCUUACCCCCCUCCCUGCAGAUCGUCUCCCAGGGCCAGGUCAAGGCCGAGAGCAUCAUGCCUGACCUGGGCAAGCAGAUACAGCACAUGCUGCUGGCGGAGCUGGCUGCGUUUCUGAGGAGCUACCAGCGAGCCUUUGAGGACUUUCUGGAGAGGUGCAAACAGCUGCGAAAUUAUAGGGCCAAUGUCAUGGCCAACAUCAACAAUUGCCUGUCCUUCCGGAUAUCCUUGGAGAAGUGGCAGGCGCCACAGGGCCUCCUGGGCCCCCUGAAUGAGCUCAAGAGCCACGGCUUUGACACCCUGCUCCAGGGCCUGUUCUGGGACCUGAAGCCGCUGUUCAAGAGGUUCACACAGACCCGCUGGGCGGCCUCUGCGCAGACCCUGGAGGAAAUCGUCUCCACCGUGGAGACAAGGCUGCCCGAGUUCUCAGAACUGCGCGAGUGCUUCCAGGAGGAGCUCAUGGAGCUUGUCCACCUGCACCUGGUGAAGGAGUACAUCGUGCGGCUCUGCAAGCGGCGCGUGGUCCUCAAGACCGCGGAGCAGCAGCAGCAAUUGGCCGGGCAGGUCCUGGCCAACGCCGAAGUCAUCCAGCACUUCUGCACUCAGAUUGGCUCCCCGGCCACCUGGCUGCACUACGCCGUCCCGACGCUCGCCGAGAUCAUCCGCCUGCAAGACCCCAGUGCCAUCAAGAUCGAGGUGGCCACUUACGCCACCUGGUACCCCGACUUCAGCAAAGGCCACCUGAGCGCCAUCCUGGCCAUCAAGGGGAAUCUGUCCAGCAGUGAAGUCAAGAGCAUCCGGAGCAUCCUGGACGUCCACACGGGGGCUCCCGAGGCCGCCAAUGCCCUAUUUUCACUUAUAAAGGUUGGUUAGCUUUUCCUGUGGACUGACCCGCUUGUGAGCCCCGGCGAGCUUCGGACACACCCCACUUCGAGCCAGUCACCCCACCUGGCUUCCGGCCUCCCGGGCUUCCUGCCUUCUGAUGCUGCUGCUGCUGCCGCCCAGCCCCGGCCUGGUGCAGGCCCGGGGCAGCUGGAACGGACGGCUCCCAGUUCGUUACCUGCCUGGUGGGGCGGGAGCACACCUCUGAGGAGCCAGAGACCAUACCUGAGAAGUGGCCGUUGAUCGUCAUGCACUAAAGGAGCAGAUUGGCCAGGGGUCAGCGACCCUGGGUCAUCUCCUAUCCAGGGGGCCAUCCCCGGCCACCUCAGAGCUGCCCUCGUGGCCGGGGCUGAGUGCCUAGGGCCGGAUGCCGAGUCUUACCUACCUGCCCCCUUCACCCAGGGCUGCGACCAGCUGGGCUCAGCAAGUCUGGAAUGGAAGGCAGCUGGGAGGAAAGAAGGGAAAGAUGAGCUCUUGCCUGGGCCUGGGAAGGGGCGGGCAGUCACCCGCAGGCUGGGGCAGAGCGGGCACCAGAGCCCCUCCAGGUUGCCCUGUGACCCCUGCAGCUCAGACCCCGACCCCUCUCUACUUGCCUUGCCCAAAGGCACCCCCUGCCCAGAAAGGGGCUUCCUGGGUCUUCUAGGGUUCAGGCUGCCCCCCAGGCAGGCCCAGGCCCAGGGGUGCCUUCCUGGGUCCUCCACUGGGCUGGGUAAGCUUGACCUCUGACCCCUCUGCACCUAUAUUAGUUUCUUACUGCUGCUAUAACGAAUUUCCACAAACUUAGUAUCUUAAAACAAGACUAAGUUUCAGUUCUGGAGGUCAGAGUUCUGAUGCGGGUCUAGUGGGCUGAAGGCAAGGGGCCGGCGCUGGGCCCUGCUGGCGGCUCCCGGGGGAGGAUUCCUGGCCUCUUGUGGUUUUGAGAGGCCACCUUCCCAGAGGACUCGGCUUGUGGUCCCAUCCAUUUCAAAGCCGUUCACAGGGCAGGGCUUCAGGGCUUCGCUCCCGCCUCCCUCUUCCACUCGCAAGGAGCCCAGCCAUUACCUUUGGCCCAUCCAGACGGAUAGCCCAGCACCGCGCGCUCUGUGAGGCCAGCUGGUUGGCAGCCUGAUUUCAUUCCCUUUCCGGCGAACCUCACAUGGUCACAGGUUCCAGAGGUUAGGGCGUGGGCAUCUUUGGGGGGCCAUGGUUUCGCCCACCACGGCCUCCAUUCGUCCCCUGCCCUGGAGAGCACCUGGUCCUACCCCAGGAAGACGUGUUCAGUUACCCCCGGCCUCGGCCCACCCCUAGGCCCUCUCAGCGGAUUCAGGUGUGACUCGGCCUCUGAGGGCCCCGCCAGGUUGGGUGAGCUCUCUCUCCAGGGUCCGUCCCUCCGCCCAGGUACUUGGCCAGGAACUGGCCAUGAAAACGGUGCACAGAGCCUUUGUACAUUUGUUGUUCACGUGUUGGAUGUCACUGACGUUAUUUUUGAUAGCACUGCUUUUGUAUGCGUGUCCUCGGGACACGAUCCGAGUUUUUAUAGCUUGACAUAAAGCUGACUUCAGAAGCG